UACAAGGCAAAACACAAAUUGGGUCACAACAGCUCUGUUUAUUUGACCUAGGUAUCGUAGAGAUUUCGCAACCCGAGGCUUGGUCUGAAUACACCUUGUAAUUAUACGUCAUGGCGUUUUUGAAAGCACUGGUGCGCUUACCAAGCGUCUCGGCUCCAAGGAAGGCGUGCGUACGAUUGACGAGUAACGUCACUUCCGGUGGACCUGUCAACGCAGAAGAGGUAAAGCCCUUCGACCAGAUUCCAGGGCCCUCGGGAAAAUACCUGUGGCCAGUUAUAGGACCUGCCUUCCACUUCAAGCCUCUGGGCAAACUGUCCUCCGAGAGGCCUGACCUGCUGUUCACGCGGCUGCACGAACAGUACGGGAGUAUCGUGCGGGUCAAGUUAGGACCGUGGUUCUUGCUCUUGGACAAGCCGGAGGAUAUGGAGGCAGCUCUCCGUUGCGAGGGAAAGUAUCCCGACCACUUCCAGAUAGACAUCAUGAUGUACUAUUACCAGAAAAACAAGAAAGUAAAACCACUUUCCCUGUCGAGCGGACCCGAGUGGCAUGCUCUACGUUCCAAGGUACAACAGCUAUACACUCGCCCUCGUGCCGCGCUCUACUACCUCCCCUCACAGAACAUGGUGGCCGACGACAUGGUGAAACACUUCACAGGGAAAAAGCGGUCUCCCGAAGAGGUCAAUGAUGUCAUCUCAAGAUAUGUCACAGAAGGUAUCUGCGCAAUAUUCUUCAACAAACGACUGGGCUUCCUAGCUCAAUGUGCUGAUUACCACGACAACCAAAAGCGGUUUAUUAGGGAGGCCAAUAACCUAUUUAUAAUCAUGAGCAAACUGUAUGCCCUUAACCUCCACCGACUCUUUCCAACCAAGGAUUACAAAACGCUGGAGACUGCACUCAACUUCUUGACUGGGGAGUCCAGACGGUACGUGACGGAAGCUAACGAAGAGAUAGCGAGGAGGGAGAAGGAGGGUACACUAGACCCGAAUGACCCCAACCUGCUGAUGGCCAUGUUGGCGUCCAGAAAACUGACCAUGGAAGAAAUCUACAAUGUCAUGACAGAGAAUAUAUAUGCCGGGACGGAUGCAACAUCGAGGACGUUGAUGUUGUUCCUGUACAACCUUGCACGGUAUCCAGACAAGCAGCAGGUGCUGUACCAGGAGAUCAAGUCUGUAGUCGGGUCAAGCGACGAGCUCACAGAGCAACACAUCAACGCCAUGCCUUAUCUCAGGGCCAGCUUCAAGGAAUCCAUGAGGAUGAUCUUCAUCAUCCCAACAGGCCCGUCAAGGAUACUCCCAGAGGACUCCAUCAUCGGCGGUUACAGGAUACCAAAAGGGACCCAUAUCACACUGAGCUGUCCCCGACUCCUCAAAGAUGAAAAAUAUUUCGAAAAUCCCAACUCGUUUCUUCCCGAACGUUGGCUGCGAGGGUCAAGCGGACAGAGAGAGAAUCAUAUACCAAGUAUAGCACUCCUGCCGUUCGGGUUCGGGCCUAGAAUCUGCCUUGGGAGACGAUUUGCUGAACAGGCCAUAUAUUUGGCUAUCGUGAAGCUUUUGUCCCAGUUUCAGUUAUCCGUACGGCCAGAGGAUCAAAAUGUGGACAUCAUAUACCGCAUCUUCGCCACACUCAACAGGUCCGUUGACAUCACAUUCACCAGGAGGUACUGAAGAAGGAACUAGUUAUUUGCUGUUUCAUGGAGGAACUACUUCGAGCUACACUGCAGCGUAGCAUGUUUUAGAGUCUGAUACCCAACAUUAUAGUUGAAACUAACAAUUCAUGGCUACCAUAAUUAUCCAAAAGCUGGCACAAUUUCCCAUGAUGUUUUCAUGUUGAUAAAUGCCAUACUUAAAUCAGGCCCUGAUAUCUAAGAUAUCUCAUAUGUUGUAUAUGAAAAUGUCACACCACUUUUGGGGCAUCGCUGAUUGGCUACUCACCAAAUAAAGCCGGAGUCGGCCUUUUAAUUACCAGCUCGUCCUCAAAGUAACAACAUCAAACAAAGUCAGGAGAAAUGACAUAUUAAUUGCAUUCGUUGCGGCAAUACAAUGUUGAACGAGUUUCCGACAUUCGUGAUCUGAUUAAAAUGGUUUGGCCCCUCGAUACUAUGUCAGACAUUUUGAAGUUAAUCCGAAUCAGGCCUACCAAUGAAAAGUGACAGACUGCAACAAAAAAUGUCAUAUGUACAAUACACAGGGAAUCGGCAACAGAAAACAAGGAGAAUGUAACCUAAAACUAAGAAACAUCAUCAUAAAUCUGAGAGCAGCUGCCGAAAACAUGGAAACAGGACCACUGAAACACGGCAACCUCCCACACUAGGCAUGCGCAGAGCAAAAGGGAUGCUGACUGCCAUGUCACGAGGAUUAACAAACAGCGAGUACAUUUACAUAUUACAUAUUUACAUAUUACAGUGCGAAUAAAGAGGAUAGUGCUCUCAGCCUGAUGAUGCUGUUUCUUGGUUUUUAGUGUUUAGAUUCCGCUCCAGAAAGAUUUCGUGCGGAUGUGACAUUCAGGGGCAUGCUCGUCAGCCAUUGGAUAAAACAGUUACAUGAUUUGCACUCGACAGUGUAAUUAAAAUAUCAGCGAGCCAUCCCACGACUCGGGGGCUCCGCCCUCUGGUGCCGAGAGCUCGCUGAAGAUUUGUAUGUACACAGUUUUCGUACCACCAUGUAACUAACUGUAUUGUAACUUUUGUGAUUUCCAAACUGAAAACCAGAGGUUAACCUGGCAAUUGGCCCGUACAUAACAAAAUUGUGAAAUCAGUAAGCCACACAAGAUCCUGAAAAAGCAAUAAACGAUAUCCAAACA